AUGGAGGACAUGGUCGACGCGCAUAACGCAUCUAUGGAGCAGAUCAGAUCCCUCACUGCCCAAUUGCACCAAUGUGAGGCAAAGCUCAUGGACCUCGAGGACAGAUCUAGAAGGAGCAACAUAAGGCUGCAGGGAAUACCGGAGGAGUCUUCUCCCGGCAGACCUAUCCAGUUACGUGCCUGGCUUUUUCAAAUGCUUAGCUCCCAAGAUCCCCAUGGAUAUGCUGCUAUUGGACCACCUGCAUAG